AUAAUUUGAACAUAGCUUAUUAAUGAGCAUUCGUAAAUAAAUGGAAAACAGCUGGGAUAACCUUUCAGAAACAAACUGCAAUGAGAUGGAGGCCAUUUUACCGAACAAUACAGGAAGAAUAUUGUGUAUGUUGUUUCUGUUUUUCAUUGCUGGAGUAACAAUUUCCGGAAAUGUUUUCUUGAUCCUUAAAGUGACCAGGAGAGGACAGUUUGAAAGAAAAAUCAACGUUUUCUUGAUUUCCCUUGCUAUAGCUGACUUUUCUAUUGGGUUUUUGGUUAUGCCAUUCUCUAUUAUUCACAACUUUACCGAAACAUUGUUUUUCAGAAAUACAGUCACGAUUAAUAUAUUUUUUGCAUUGGACGCAAUGUUAACCAUUUCUUCCAUCUUCCAUUUCACCUGUAUGAAUAUUGAUAGAUAUGUUGCUGUGAAGAAACCGAUGAAAUAUUACCAAAUAAUGAAGAGAAAGUUGGUCUCCCUCACCCUGAUCAUUUGUUGGACUAUAUCGUGUUUAGCCUCAGUGGUUCUUAUCUUAACUGCUAAAGAAGGCACCUGCAAUCCAAGUGUCGAAGGUGAAGCAACAGUUAUUGUUUCCGUAUUAGCAUUUUAUUUUCCACUCGUUUUGAAUAUUAGUGCCAGUGUCAGUAUUUACCUCAAGGUUCGCAAUAGAAGCAACCAACUACGUCAGAUGACUACGAACGAGAAUAUAGUACUUCAAUCCAAAAGACAAAAUGGAGAUACUCAAGUGGCUAGAACAAUGAUAAUUUUGCAGAGUUGUUUUAUAUUGUGUUUUACGCCUUUUUUUCUUUUCCUUAUUCUGAAGAAUUUCUUUCGUGUGGAAUUUUCGCCUUGGUCAAUGCUUUUUGUAACAUGGCUGGCUUACACCAACUCCACCAUCAAUCCUUUUCUCUAUUACUUCAUCAAUAAUAGAUUAAAGUUAUCUGAUAAAAAUAAAGCUUUAAAUAAGGACCGUUUCCAAUUUACUAAUAACAGUUCGACAUUUAACUCCGGACAAGACAUUGUCCAGACUUUUUAA